AUGUUCCAAUCAGGAUCCAAACAAAAGGACGAUAAAGAAGAUCAUUUGGAUUUUGAGAGUUUCCUUGAGAAUCUUUUACAGAAUGAUGAGUGUUUACCCAAGGAUACACAUCGAAAAGAAUUGGAUACAAAAAGUGGAAAAUUAAGAGAGUCUUCUGAUAAAGAUGGUCUUCUGCAGCCUACCGGUGGAAUGAAAGCUUCUAAUCCAAAUAAAGCCUUAGAAUUGAAGGACAGAGAAACAUUCAAAGCAGCUCAGAAGUUCCCAUCAGAAUCCAAAGAAAAGGACGAUAAAGAAGAUCAUUUGGAUUUUGAGAGUUUCCUUGAGGAUCUUUUACAGAAUGAUGUGUAUUUACCCACGGCUACACAUCAAAAAGAAUUCGAUACAAUAAGUGGAAAACCACAAGAGUCUUCUGAUAAAGAUGGUCUUCUGCAGCCUACCAGUGGAAUGAAAGCUUCUAAUCCAAAUAAAGCCUUAGAAUUGAAGGACAGAGAAACAUUCAAAGCAGCUCAGAAGUUCCCAUCAGAAUCCAAAGAAAAGGACGAUAAAGAAGAUCAUUUGGAUUUUGAGAGUUUCCUUGAGGAUCUUUUACAGAACGAUGUGUAUUUACCCAUGGCUACACAUCAAAAAGAAUUCGAUACAAUAAGUGGAAAACUAGAAGAGUCUUCUGAUAAAGAUGGUCUUCUGCAGCCAACCUGUGGAAUGAAAGUUUCUAUUCCAAAUCAAGCCUUAGAAUUGAAGGACAGAGAAACAUUCAAAGCAGUGGAUAUGAGUUCUGUAGAGCCUAUAUCCAGUCUUUUUGGCAAACUGACUACCGAAACUUCACAGUCUCCAAAAGUUGAGGAAGACUUUAAUCUUGCUACCAAGAUUAUCUCUGUGAAUGAUACACAGAAUUAUGUGUGUUUACCUGAGGCUACAGAUCAAAAAGAAAUAAAGACAAUAUAUGGCAAAAUAGAAGAGUCUCCUGAAAAGCCUUCUGACUUUGAGGUAUUGAGUUUUGUAAUUUUAUCUUGA